AUGACCUCCCUCGACCAGCGUGGGACUGCUCGGCGCCGUACCCUCAAGCAGCAACAACCACAGCAACAACCACAGCAGCUCCCCUCUCCUCCUCUUGCCUUUCGCAGGGCGCAGCUUCCCUCGGACCGCGACUACUUCUUCGAGCCCGAACACUCCCGCAUUCCUUCUCCCGCAUCCUCCAAAUAUGGUGUACGGCCGCGCUCCAGUUUCAGCAAAACCAGGACACUGAAAGACGCGUUCGAGGCAACGUCGCGAGCAACAGCCAUGGAUAGCAACGAAGGACACAGCCAGCCUAUUUCGAUUGGUGGUCGCACGCCAAGCCCAAGCAGCAGGCGACAACGCGAUCACUCGUUACCUUCUCUGGCUGAAGCCCACAGCCCCCCUCCCGCCGACUUGUUGGAAACCUAUCAGAGAAUCAACGACGCGGAUGACUUGGCAGAUCUGGUGUCAGAAGAUGAUCUCGGUGGUUACUCUCGAAGAAGCUCCAAGGAACGGCGAAAAAGGGAGUCUUCUGGUUCUCGAGAUCGCCAGAAAACUCAAUUUGAGAACGGCGACAACGACCUAACGCCCAGUUUUAGCUACCUCAACGAUAUUACAAGCGAUUCUCAGCGCGGGAACUUGUCUACCUAUAAGCGUGACGAGGAGCGCUUAAGACAGGCGACUGCCAGUCAAGUGCCGAUUUUCAGCCGGGCCAGUGUCGGAACGAGAGCAGACGACCUGCAGAGGCGCGAAGCGGAACCUGUUGAAGAGAAAGUUUAUGAGACUGACGACGGCCCGCAGCCUGCAUUGAACGUACCUAAAAGUUGGGGAAAUAAGUCGAAAAACCAUCGACAAUGGUUGAGCUCGAUAGCGAGGCAAAAUGGAACUUUGUCUCGUGACAAGACUCCUCGCCGAGGUGACGGUUUUGAAAAAAGGACAGAAACAACCAUAAGAGACGCUUCCAGGUCACGUAGCCCUCUUUAUAGGCUGAAUACGAAGGAGAGUGUCCCAGUUGGAGAUGCAAUUCCCAACACCCCGGUCGUUGUAUUCAAAGGGGGGUAUACAGAUCGACCACAAGCUAUGCGGAGUGAUUCUCGCGACUUGCUUCGCAGGCUAGCUCGCACAGAAAGCCCUCCACAGACUGACACUCCUGAGCCAAAAAAGCUAGAUGAUCAGCCUCUCCCAGACAAGACGCCUGUAGUGAUUGGCGCCUGGGUGGACACGCCUGUUACUGUCCGACCAGCCCAAACAAUUGAUGAGGACUUCACAAAAGAGCUUGAUUCUCCUAGCAAGCCCGGAUCCGAGAUAAAAAGAGACUCGACAAAAACACCUACGGAAAAAGACACAAAAUCAACCCACAAACCAGAGCACAAACCGGAGCACAAACCAGACGCAAACGUCGCAAAGCAACCAAGUCCAGAGCUUGUAAAACCCAAACUACCUAAAAGUGCCUUAGAGUCAGUCAUUGAGGAUGCAAAAUCAAACGGCAAUCCAUUACAUUUAGGAGACGACACGAUCAACUCUCUCCAGGGCCUUAUGGAUGGUUCCGAAGGUAAACCUUCACGGUUCGGAGACCUAGACGACCAUGAUAUCAAAGAAGAUUCCGAGGCAAUUGAAUUGGAAGAAAGCCAAAUGGACUCGGAGAAAUACUUGCAAUCCGUGGACCGUCUGAGUACCAAAAUACAGUCGAUCAUCCACAGCGUUCACGACGCUCAAGCCGGUCUCGAUGGACUUGCGGAUUCUAUUGCGCCUAAUAUUGGAAUCCACUCAAGUCAUAAAGAUGGCAAACCCUGUAAAGCAUGCGGAACCUCGCGACAUAAUCACGGUGGCGAGCGCGUCUACCUGGCCAUUCCUAUUCCUCGUCUCUGGUACAGAACUGCCGUCUCGCAGCGUCUUCGUCUGACUUAUAUCGGCUGGGCCUUGAUUUUCCUUGGCAUCUGGUACAUUUCUGAAUGCCUCAUGUGCGAUCAAUUCUGCCAUCCAACAGUUGCUGAGGUGUGCGAGGGGUAUUGCCUACAGCCUGAUGCACCACAGUUCCCCUUGACCCUCCCAACAAUGUUGUGGCGUUGGUCCCAUCUUGCAACGAUUCUCUCUCCGGUACUCACCGUUUCGACCGCUUUUAUACGCCUUGUUGCUCAGAUCCUAGGAUUGUGGGAUGGAUAUGUCGAUGACAGCAGCCCCCUAUCGGAGACAAAUUUAUCUCUAGGCGAAAUUGCCAUCGGAAACAGCUACAGGAUAAGCGGUAUAUCGGGGUUAUGGUCUCGAUCGGAGAAGGACUCGCCGGUGUUGACAUCAUCUGCGGCCCCAUCUAUUUCACUACCCACCCCAUUGCAACAAGUUGCUGACGGUUAUCAAAUUUAUGGACGUGCAAGUGAAGGACAGAGUGCUGAUAGCAUAGAUGAUGAUGAGACGUUGUGA